GAUAUUUGACAUAUUUGAUUUUAAUAGUUAACCUCUUUGAUGUCUGUUAUUUAUUUUUUUAGGUGUUUUAAAGUAUCUGCAUGAUGAGUUUAAGUUUAGCUUCAACAAAUACCAUUGUAGAAAAUGAUGUUGACGACUGUGGACCUCAACCGUUAUCUAAGUUAGAAGGUAAUGGCAUUACAGCUGGAGAUAUUAAAAAACUCGAAGAAGCAGGCUUCCACACAAUAGAAUCUGUAGCUUUUACUCCAAAGAAAUGUUUAACUACAUUAAAAGGCAUAUCUGAAGCAAAAGUUGACAAAAUCUUAACUGAAGCAGCUAAAUAUGUGCCCAUGGGUUUUACAACAGCUACUGAUUUUCAUCAGAAAAGAUCAGAGAUUAUACAGUUGACUACUGGAUCUAAAGAACUAGACAAGUUAUUAGGAGGUGGUAUUGAAACAGGUUCAAUUACAGAAAUUUUUGGUGAAUUUAGAACAGGAAAGACCCAAAUUUGUCACACAUUGGCAGUAACUUGCCAGCUUCCAAUUGAGAGUGGAGGUGGUGAAGGAAAAUGCCUAUAUAUUGAUACAGAAGGCACUUUCAGACCUGAACGUUUAUUAGCAGUUGCUGAAAGGUAUAAAAUGUCUGGUCAAGAAGUCUUAGACAACGUUGCGUUUGCUCGAGCAUACAAUACUGAUCACCAAACUCAGCUACUCAUUCAAGCAUCAGCGAUGAUGGCGGAAUCUAGAUAUGCCUUAUUAAUUGUAGAUAGCGCAAUGUCUCUGUACCGAACAGACUACUCUGGAAGAGGAGAAUUAUCAGCAAGGCAAAUGCAUCUAGCACGAUUUUUAAGAAUGUUAUUACGUUUGGCUGAUGAAUUUGGAAUCGCAGUUGUUAUAACAAACCAAGUGGUGGCACAAGUUGAUGGUGCAGCUAUGUUCAAUGCCGAUCCAAAGAAACCAAUUGGGGGGAACAUUAUGGCGCACGCAUCCACUACUCGUUUGUAUUUGCGAAAAGGUCGUGGAGAAACUCGGAUGUGUAAAAUUUAUGAUUCUCCUUGCUUACCAGAAUCUGAAGCUAUGUUUGCAAUUCACCCUGAUGGAGUGGGUGAUGCUAAAGAAUAAUUUAGGUUUCUGAUUAAAAAUUAAAGUUUAUUUUUGAUAUUGAUGUAAUUAUAGUUCCAUUUUGUAAGUGUAAUUGAAUAAGUUGUAUAUCAUGUAUUUUUUCUUUCUUCAUUAAAACUUGCAAUUGUUCCAGUAAAA